AAAUAACCCGCCCUCCUUUAAUCACGUUCAGUUGGACUUUAGCUGCCGCGGCUUGUUCUUUGCCUUUCUGCCCAAUCCAUCGAAUCGGACCAAUUUGUGAAGCGAAUUCGGACCUCUGUAGCCUGUCACGCUGCGGUGGUAAUAACGCCACUCCUUGUUCCACUCCCAGUUCACAGUCCCCGACUCUCGCUCGCCCCGUCCGUGUUGUCUGAUCCAUCGCUCCCAAAUCAAUUAUACAAACAAAAAAAAAUGGAUAAAGAUGAUCUUAUCCAGAAGGCCAAGCUGGCAGAGCAGGCCGAGCGUUACGACGACAUGGCCGAGUGCAUGAAAGUGGUCACUGAGAAGGGCGAGGACCUGACGAACGAGGAGAGGAACCUGCUGUCCGUCGCCUACAAGAACGUGGUGGGGGCCCGGCGAUCCUCAUGGAGGGUGCUCUCCAGCAUCGAAGCCAAGUCCGAUACGAGCGAGAAGAAGCUGCAGCUGGUUAAGGAAUAUCGGGAGAAAGUGGAGAAGGAGCUGCAAGAGAUCUGCUCGAGCGUUUUGUCACUGCUGGAGAACUAUUUAAUUAAGAACUCCAAACAAGAGAGCAAAGUUUUUUACCUGAAGAUGAAGGGGGACUACUAUAGAUACCUCGCUGAAGUUGCCUCCGGAGAUGACAAGAAAAAGAUAAUCGAAAACUCGCAGCAGGCGUACCAGGAAGCGUUUGACAUCAGUAAGACGGACAUGGACCCCACACAUCCCAUCCGCUUGGGUCUGGCUCUUAACUUCUCCGUCUUCUACUAUGAGAUCCUCAACUCUCCAGAAAAAGCUUGUGAACUCGCUAAAAAGGCGUUCGACGAGGCCAUCGCCGAGCUUGACCAACUAAACGAGGAGUCCUACAAAGACAGCACCCUCAUCAUGCAGCUCCUCAGAGACAAUCUGACACUAUGGACAUCGGAUACCGCUGGGGAGGAGAACGACGCCGGAGAAAGAGGUGACUCCGGCGAAACUGAGAACUAGAAGAAAGUCCUUGACCUCCAAAAACGACAAAAGGAUUAAAAAAAACAAAACUUUUUACACAUCCGUCAUUCCUUAUUGCGCCAUUCUUCCAAUGAAACCCAUUGCUCCAAAAAAAGUAACCAUGAAAAAAGUAAAUUGGAGAGAAAAAAUGAAAUUAGGUUGACUUGUAAAAGUAAAUCCCUCCAUUCCUUUGGUUUGUGUGUGUGUCCUGGCCUUUCAGUAUGUGCAAUUUCAGCUGUAGAAAAGUAUUGAUAGCUUGACAUGGUAUUACGCUCUUUUCCUAAAGUUAGAGGCAGAACCCCUUAAAAUUCUUUGAGCAACAGGAAGUUUAUCCAAGGAAGAUUUAGUGUCCAGGUUAUAAUCAUAGUUUCCUUUUCCUGCUCUGUAUGAAAAAGAAAAAAAAUAAAGAAAUAAAAAUUGUGGUACGGUUACAGCGUCUGAAAUUCCACUUCGGAUAGUUUUCAUGUUGCAGGGAAUGCCAGUGUUCCACGCAUGCUGGCGGCAAAUACUUAGUAGUGCCCCGUCGGAUUAAUCCUCACUUUAUGAUGCCACUCUUUCACUGAAGCAUGUCUUGUUUGCGGGGAAUAGCGGGGGGCUUGACUCACUGACACGCCGGGACCUUUUCAAUGGGGGGAGAUGAAGAGAAUUCUGUCAUUGCAUGUCUCGAGAUAUUACACUGGAAUGGGAACAAAUGCUGUAACACACAAGCGCAAGUGUCAAGUUUAAUAUUUUUCAAUGCAGGUUUGUACACAUCCUAAAUGAGGGUGGUCUGUUUGUCUGUCCAGUGAUUGUCAUUAGAGAUUUGGACCACUAUUGUUUUGCUAUUCAUUCGAUUGUAGUCCCCUAAAGCCUUGUGGAAACCGUUUGAAUCCCUGUGUAACAGCUAUGUUAACAUGAAUAAAUCAUUUUAUAAACCA